UGCGUCACAUGACCAGUUAAUCUUCUGUGUAUUUCCGCGUUCACGACGGCCGAGCUGUUAUCAAUGACUCUCUAUGGAGCUGUGCAGGCUUUUGGCUAAAGCAUCUUUCCUGUCUUUAUCAUCCUCCCCUCCGGCUGCGCCUGUUGGCUCCAUCCUCAAUGAAUGAAGCUGUAACCAUCUGAGGGUCUCCUCCUCCUCCUCAUCCUCCUGCACCUCCGCCUCCAUUCUCCGUCGAGCCUGUCUUCGACCAGCGCGGCCGACCUGGGGGGGAAUCCGGGAAAAGGCAGCCGCGGCGCCGCGCACCGGCCGACGGACAACCCGCCGCGGCGCGCCAACAACAUGCUCACCCGGGUCAAGUCUGCUGUGGCCGGGUUCAUGGGCGGAAUCAUGACCGGGGGCGGUUCCGGCGGAGGGGGCAGCAAUGGUUCUGACCUGCCGCUGAAAUUCCCUUAUAUGAGACCCCAAUUCCUUGGACUGUCUUCGGAUGAAAUUGAGUGCUCCGCAGACCACAUAGCCCGGCCCAUCCUCAUCCUGAAGGAAACUAGGAGAUUACCGUGGGCCACCGGAUACGCUGAGGUGAUUAAUGCGGGUAAGAGUGCGCUGAAUGAGGACCAGGCGUGCUGCGAAGUGGUAGUUGCCAGAAGGAGGCCCAUGAGCUACUGCCCUCCCUCCACGCCAAGCAAGACCCCCACGGCCAAGAGACGCAACUCCCUGCCCAACGGAGAGGGCCUGGGGUUGCGUAUGGAGCAUGGCAUGCUGGGAGAGGACAAUGAAGGGCUCGUGUUCAACUACUGGGCCUUGUUCGAUGGCCACGCUGGCUCAGGCGCUGCAGUCGUCGCCGCCCGCCUGCUGCAGCACCACAUCGCCUGCCAGCUGCAGGCCGUCAUCGAGAUCCUGCGGAACUUUAACUCCCUGCCCCCGACUAUCCUGGGCGAGGAGCCCGACAACAACCCUUACCUCCAGGGAAACCCCCCAGGCCCUCACCGGGGCCUGACACGUGCUGCUUCGCUGCGCGGGGCCUCGGGUCCACCCGGUCCCCCGAGCAGCACCCCACCCCCUCCACGAUUCUUCACUGAGAAGAAGGUUCAGCACGAGAGCCUGGUGAUAGGAGCCAUUGAGAACGCCUUCAAAGAGAUGGACGCCCAGAUUGAGAAGGAGAAGCAAGUCCAUAAUGUGACAGGAGGAUGCACAGCUCUCACCGUGGUGUACCUGCUGGGAAAACUUUAUGUAGGGAAUGCAGGUGACAGCAGGGCCAUCAUCAUUAGAAACAAUGAGAUCAUCCCCGUGUCGACAGAGUUCACACCUGAGUCAGAACGGCAGCGACUACAGUUCCUGGGUUUUAUGCAGCCUCACCUGUUAGGAAAUGAGUUCACGCACCUGGAAUUUCCCCGGAGAGUCCAGAGGAAGGAGGUGGGCAAGAGAAUGCUCUACAGAGACUUCACCAUGAAAGGAUGGGCCUAUAAGACCCUUGAGGAUGAAGAUCUCAAGUUUCCCUUAAUAUACGGGGAAGGGAAAAAGGCUCGUGUCCUGGCCACCAUCGGUGUGACCCGUGGGCUCGGUGACCAUGACCUCAAAGUUCAUGACUCCAACAUUUACAUCAAACCGUUCCUAUCCUGUUGUCCUGAGGUUAAGGUCUAUGACUUGAUGCACUAUGAACAUGGGGCUGAUGAUGUUCUGGUGAUGGGAACUGAUGGGCUCUGGGACGUCCUCUCCAACCAGGAAGUUGCCGAAGCUGUCACCUCUUUUCUAGCCAACUGUGAUCCUGAUGACCUGCACAGGUACACAAUGGCAGCACAGGACCUGGUGAUGCGAGCACGCGGCGUGCUGAGGGACAGAGGCUGGAGGAUCACCAAUGAGCGCCUGGGCUCUGGAGAUGACAUCACGGUCUUCAUCAUUCCGCUGAUGUACGGAAACCGUCAGCCCUGAGGAGCCCGGCAGAGGUGCUUCAUAUUUAAGGGACCUGAAGAGCGUGUAGUGCUCUGUGAUCAACAGGAUUCUUUAACUGCUAUCUCCUUUCAUAUUCCUCUAGCUGUUUGUAUAUUUCUUUUCUACCUUGAACACUAUACACCAUACUUUGGAUAUUUACAUUUAUUGGUGUUUCAUGUCUCUGUAGAAGUUCACGGUCAAUCAUCCUGAUAACUGAGCUAACGUAGGACUCAGGACUUAUGAAUGUUAAUGACAGCAGUCUAAUAGAAUGAUGGAGGCUGACUGACCCUGAACUUUUGCGGGAAUAUCAAAGUUUAAACAAACAAAUACUUUUCAAAGUUGAAGACCUCUUCCUUCCUGUCCUCUUUACCUCUAUUGCAGUGCUGUACAAAACUCAACCCCUCCUCUUCCUUUUCUUUCAUCAUACUCUUUUCUCUUUUACUGUACAAUCUACUUAUUUGUAAAAAAAGAAAUACCUCCUUCGUCUCGUGACCAUGGACCGAGCUGACAUGUCAGCUGUGUUUUCUGUUUUUGCCACAGUGUGGCUUUGAAGGACUCCCUAGCUAAGGAAGCUGCUCCCAGACUGCGUUUCACAUCUUCAGCUGGUUGCAGCGAUUAGAUUUUGGCUUGGACCUGCAUUUCUGUUCCCAUCCCGAGUAUCCUGUAGUAACAUUUGAGCCUUCCGUUUGAUAAGAUACAAGAAAGAGUCUGAAAUGACUGGAGAAGUUAGGGAAGUGUUUUAUGCUGUUUUGCAAAGUUUUCAUUUUUCCGUGUAAGUGCAGAGAUGAUGGACACAGACGAGGAGACUGAAGGACCUCAGAGUAGCAAGGUGGCCCAGGAGUCAGAUGUAGUGUGGACUAAGAAGUCAUUAACCUGUUUGUGUCAGUAACAGGUAGACAGUUUGGUAUUGUAUAUGAAUAGAUUUUAUUUGAUGAGUCCUCAGCUAUUUCUUCCACGUGUCAAUUAAUCAAACAUUGGUUCUUAAAAUGUCAUAAAUGUAUUUAUUUACACACAAAAAGCUAAUUCUAAGCUUAAAUAAAAUCUAAUUUUAGGACCUAUGAUUUCAUACUGAGAGUUAGAUGACAAGAACAACAGCCUUUGCAUAUCUGCAUAUGAGACUAUGGUCCUGAGACUGUUACCCUAGCUUAGCAAAGGACUGGACACUGGAUAAUUGAUUCCCAUAAGUACAAAAAGCUCUAUAUUUUCUGUAAUUUAACAUAUUAUAUUUCAUCCGUGUAAUGUUCACACAAAAACAUCAGAGUUUAAGCGCUCAAUUAUGGUCUGACAGAUGUUUUUAUAAGCUAAAAAAAACACCAAUCAAAAGUCUCUGAUGAUUUCACACUUUGUUUCUGUAGUUUCCUUUUUUCAUGUAGUUUUAUACUGUCAAAAGAAUUAACAACAUGACUGCAUUUGAGCUUUUCAAGUGCUGGUUAAUAGAUUUUUGUUUUUCCUAUUUCCAUUCCUUAAUUAAGCCAAGCUAACCUACACUAAGCUAAGCUAAAAGUCUCAUAACUGUAGGCUUCUAUCUCAUAUGCAGGUAUAAAAGUUGCAUCAAUCCUCUUAUGUCGAUCUAGCCAAGAGACAAGAUUGGGUCGUUUUUCAAAAUGUCGACCAAUUACUUCUUAAGAAAUACAUUUAACAAGCUAAGUUGUGAAUUUAGUCAAAUUAAACUUGUUUGAAGUUUAUUCCCAAAAUCCCUUUCCUAUUUUCCUUAAUGUCCAAUCAAAAACUUAAACUCAGAAGACUUAACAUUAGUUUAUAUGAACUGUACAUUAGUGUACUCGCACUUUAGACUGAGACAUCAUUAGCCAAGCCAUGAAAAAGAGGUAAACAUUUCUUGCAGCAGGGACAUACUUGGCAUUUUGAAAAUCAUAAAAUACAAACAAUCAAGAACAAAACAUUUCACAAAGAAAAAUAAUGAUUAGCUUUCUCUUUUUUUGUCUUUACUGUGUUAUGUUUGUUUCAAAAGCUUUAGAUGCUUGAUCACAUUUGUCUUUAGAGAGACAGGUUUGGGAGUAACGAUGUGCUAUGAAUUGAUGUAGUGAUUUACUAUAUCAUGCAUGACCUAUUGUAGGCCUGGGAAUAUAAGUGACGGUGCAAUGGUUUACACAGCUGUUUGUUUUUUCAAUGGACUGAGUUUGUUUUAAUUUAUAAGUUAUGUGUUUGUAAUGUGCAGAGAGCAAUCAUAUAUUUAUCAUUUAUUUGACCCUUUAGAGCUAUUAGCAUCCCAGGAAGUUAGCAGAGGAGCAAAGGGUAGAUUCAGUGUGAAGAAGGGGAAUUAGCUGAAACAGAAUGCAUAUGGAAAGACUGAAAACCAGAUCAUGUAUGUAUUGCACUUUUGGUCAUCUUGUUGCUUGGGUUUUUAAAGCAACAAUUGAAGAGUUCACUUUGUCCGCAAACAUAAUCAGGGCCUUAGAAAUGUAUGUGUGCAUGUAUAUUUUUUCAGCCCUCUCCCUCAUUAUUAUUCUGCAUUCAUACAGGCUGUACUCCUCGGUCAGAUACAUUUAAGAUGCAGGAGAUGAGAGUUUGUCUGAGGGAGGAGGAUCAAUGAAAAAGUACAUUUCUAAAAGUUUGGAUACUGAGCUAAAAAAAACAAAAAGAAGAAGAAUUGAAGCAUAAAAUAAAAACAAACUGUGUGUUUAUGACCUUGACUGACAAAAAACAGACACAGCUUAGGUUUUAAGACUUUUUAUAGCUCACUACUUGAUAUGUAGACAGUGGUGGACAAAGUACACAGCUUCAUUACUUCAGUCAAAGUAUAGAUACUCCGCAGGUCAAAUAUUACUCCAAUACAAGUGAAAGUUACUCUGUCAGAUUAUUACUUGAGUUAAAGUACUGAAGUAAUUGCUUUUAAAAAAUACUUAAGUGUUCAAAGUACUUCUUAAAAAAUCUCAAAACAUUGUAUUUUCAAAAUACAUAAAUGCAGUCAAGAAUACAUAGAAGUACAUUUGGUUACAUUAUGUUCAUUUAGAAACCAUUACUUAUAAUCUCUAAAACUAUACCAUGGAAUAAAAACAGCAACUAAGUUACUCCAAGCACAGACAACUUAGUUUGAAAUGUUCAUCUGGAAUGAAACAAAUGUUACAUAGCUCAACACGCUUUCUCAGGUUGGACAGUUCAUUUUUGUAUGUUUGGGCAGAGUGGGAAACAGGGAGAACAUUUCAAAUGAUACGUAUCAUUCUUCAUUUCAAAAACCUCUAACGCAGGCUGAAGAUAUGGACAUGGAUGCUCAGGUGGAGAAUUAUAGCCAUCAUUACCACCUCUAAAUGAACUGCCUGAUCUGAGUGAAAUCUGCUCUGUGUUUGCUCCACAAAUUCAUGAGCUGACUUCAAAGCUAAAGUAGUGAGUAACUAGAGCACUGAUGGAAAUGUAGUGGAGUAAAAAGUACAAUAAUUGUCUUCUGAAUGUAUUGGAGUAAAAGUAAUAAGUUCCCCCAAAAAAUAAUCCUCAAGUAAAUUACAGAUAAUCAAAGUACUGUACUCAAGUAAAUGUACUCUGUUACUGUCCACCACUGUAUGUAGAGUUAUGUUAGAAGUUAGCAUACGUCUCCUCAUUCCAUGAAAUAGAGUGUAAAGAUGGUAGACUAAAUCCAAAGAAGUUCAUUUGGAAGUGGUGCAGUUGUAGGGUUGAGAAAGCCAUGUUGAAAAAGUUGUUACAACUUGUCUGGACAUACAUUUAUUUUCUUUCUGGUGCAGCUAUACAAGGAUAUACAGCCUAAAUCUAAAAGCUUAAUCCAGCUAACAUAAAGAAUGGACACAGCUAGCCCUGCUCUGCUCAAGUGAAACAAACUACACUUGCUAGCAACAUUUAAGCUAACUAACUCUUGUAUUAAUGUUUUAUACUUUUUAUAUUCUGUUUAGGUAAGCUGAAGUUCAAAAUGUCAGUUUACUGUAUUAUAAGAGACAUGGGGAGCAGUCCCUUGAAAACAGCAAAUUGAAUUUCAUACAUUUAAAUAAGUGUGGUUCAGAAGUGCUAGCUUGUCGAUUUCAUUACUCUGAGACUAGCUAGCUAAGUAAGCUAGCUGUUCCAAUUCUCUGUGUCAAGCUAACCGAAACGUCUGCUGCUUAUAGCUUCAUAUUAAAUGCUCUAACAGGAAGGAGUAUCAGUGUACUCGUUUCACUCACUGCCGCAAAGUAAAUAAGCACAUUUCUCAAAAUGUUGAAUUGUUGCUUUACAUGAAAUGAUAUGUGCCAUUGUGUUGCAUUUAUUAUCAUAGCUUGUGACAUUUGUUGACAAGCGUUCAAGCAGUGGUCAUUUAAAUUUGCCUAAAGUUCAUAUGGUGCAUUUUUCCUCCCGUACAUUCCAUUAACCCUCCUGUUAUGUUAUGGGUCAAAUUGACCCAUUUUUAAGUAAAAAAAAAUAUAUAUAUAUGUUAAAAGUAUUUUUUCGCUAUGAAACUUCUUCUGCUUGGCUGAAUUAGCAUGAACAACAUAUACAAUGAAAAUGGUUCAUUUCAUACAUUUGCAACCCCCCCCCUGCAUGCUUAUAUAAUAUAGAUACUGUUCGUGGGUCAAUUUGACCCUGCAGUCAAAGUGGACGCUAAAAGGGGUCAGAAGUGUCAAAUACUAAAUGUUCCUUUGCAACUGUGUGACAUAUUUCACCCAAAUGUACUUUCCAAUGUACAUAAAAAAGGUUUUAACAUUAAUUUUCAUACAAAACAAGUGAAUUGUCCUCAUUGAACUAUGAUCUGUGAGAAUUAAAGAACACCAAUGCACUAAAUAUUGAUUUAAAUGGUUAGUAAUGGAGUUAAGAAUGAGAUUUAAAAAAUGUUUAUUGGGAUUUUUUUGGGUUCUGACACUUUUGAAUUAUUAAAUAUGCCCUGGGUCAAGUUGACCCAAGAACAUUAUUGCUGUCGCUAAGAAACAAACAUAACAGGAGGGUUAAGAACAUCAUUCAUUUUCAAAAUGUGUAUUGUCAUACAUUUAAUUAUCUGUAUUACCUGUUUAAAUCCAUCUGUUCCUUCCAUCAAACAAGAUGGUGGUUAACAGGGUUUUUUUUAGAACAUGUUCUUUAUUGAAUUUAUUGAAUGUCUUUUUCUGUUUAACUUUACAGAGUCAAACUGUCCUUCCCUCACCUCAGCAUUGUUUUAGCAUGUGCUUUAGUUCAACUGAGUGGUUCCAUACAAUCAGACUUCAAAGCGAGUGCACAUUUUGAACUGUAGACAUGUCAAGACAAUAUCUGAGUGGGGGGAUAUUUGUUGAAUGUUCAUCCUUAUACUUGUCAUUAAGCCUUUUUCUCAUACAUGAAUGUCAGAUAUUGAAAGCAUUAUUUAUUUUUGUCAUCCUACCGUGCCACUCAGCUGCUGCGCAUAAUCUCAGGUUCAGCUGUCAUGUAAGGUUGAAGUGGAUGAGCUGGAAUGACUGAUUUUGUUAAAGGAAGGGAGUCUUAUGAAGUGAAGUGAAGGUACCCCUACAUUUGUAAAUAGACAAAAGUUUGUUGGUAUGUUUGGGAAGCUCUUAGACUUUAAGGUUUACCUUGUCCCUUCGAUCCAACCCUUUUUGAAAUUGCUGUAUCGUGAAAGUAGCCACUGCUGUUGUUUUUUUACCUUAGACUUAAAGGUUUGAUAUGGGACAAUGAGGGGAGCUUAGAGAUCUUUUUUCUGUAGCAAAGAGGAAGUUUGAAGCUCAGUGGGAAUCCAGUUUUAAGAGACCAUUGUGCUACCCUCAACCUCUCCCCUUGUGAAUGUGAAAUGUACAUUUUGUAUAACAAAAAGAUUACUUAUGAAGUCAAAAAAGAAAUAUUUUUAAUGUUUCCUUGUGCAACUCUGACUUUGGGGGGAAAGUAAUGUUUACCUUCAGUGUUUCUUUUUCAGAAAUAAAAAGAAAAUAAAUGUUACAGGUCAAUAUAA